CAUCGAGUAUAAAAGAAAUCGAGGGCUGGUCGAAGCCAUUCAGUUCACCUCGAACGAAGCCAACAUCGACCCUUAUUUGGUACAUGAGUGCGAACAUGAAGCCAUUGAUUCUACUGUCGAUCUUAGUCCUCGCUGCAGUGGCGGUGAGCGCCGAGGCCGAGGAGAAGAAAUCGGCAGUAGCCAGCGAUAAGAAGCAAACCAAGCGCGGUUUGCUCGGUCUAGGAUACGGAUACGGUGCCGAAUUCGACCACGGGUACUCCGUAGGUGCUGGAGGUUUCCACGGGCUUGAACUUGGAGGAGGUGGAGGUUACGGAGGAUACGGAGGCUACGGAGGUGGCAUUGACCUUGGUCAUCAUCAUGUCAAGACUGUGACCGUAGUCAAGGGAGUACCAGUGCCAUACCCUGUAGAAAAACACAUCCCAUACCCCGUCGCUAAACCCGUCCCCUACCCAGUCAAAGUAGCAGUUCCACAACCCUACCCCGUUGAAAAACACAUUCCAGUACCAGUAAAAGUACCAGUCAAGGUACCAUACCCAGUACCCCAACCCUACCCCGUCGAAAAGAUCGUCCAUGUUCCCGUUCACGUACCCGUCGAGAAACCCUACCCAGUCAAAGUAGCCGUACCCGCUCCAUACCCAGUCAUCAAACACGUCCCAGUCCACGUUAAGGUUCCAGUACCACAACCCUACCCAGUUGAGAAACCUGUCCCAUACCCAGUCAAAGUUGCCGUCCAUGUUCCUCAACCCUACCCUGUAUACAAGGAAGUACCUUACCCAGUUAAAGUACCAGUAGACAGGCCUUACCCUGUGCACGUACCUGCGCCUUAUCCAGUCCAUGUUGUUAAGAAAGUGCCUUACCCAGUCGAGAAGCCCGUACCUUACCCUGUUAAAGUAGCUGUUGAGAAGCCAGUGCCUUACCCAGUUGAGAAGCCAUACCCAGUUCCAGUUAAGGUACCAGUACCAGCACCAUACCCCGUAGAAAAGCCCGUACCAUACCCCGUAGAAAAACCAGUACCUUACCCAGUUAAAGUACCAGUAGACAGGCCCGUACCCUACCCUGUAGCCAAACCCGUACCCUACCCAGUCGAGAAACCCUACCCUGUACCAGUUAAGGUACCAGUAGCAGUACCAGUACACCAUGGAGGCUACGAAGGAGGCUCUGAAGGUGGAUACGGAGGUGGAUACGGAGGAGGAUAUGAAGGUGGAUACGGUGGAGAAUACGGAGGACACUACGGUCACUAAAUUCGACUAGACCGAGUAAAUCACACUGUGUGUGCUUUAAAAUCUUUUUUUUUUGUUUUCCAAGUCUAAAAAGUCAUGUUUUGUUUUGUUUUCUUCCUUUAAACUAACAUAAACCAUUGUUAGAACGGUGGAAUUAAAAAAUACUUUAAUGAAGAAGCAAGAAUCAAUAUGUAAAUACUCAAUUUUUUUCUUCAAAAAAGUAUUUUUUGUUUCACUACUAUCUUUUUUCCAAACUCUCCCACUUUUGUCUUUUGUACUAUACACUCUCCUCUCUAAUAAUUUCAAGCUGUGUUAAAUGGACUUUUUGUUCAAGAAAGAAACGAAUUUCUGUUAUAUAUUAUAUUAUUUUUUGUA